AUGAACCAUCGAAGUAUCUUCGAUCAAAUUGAUUUUCUUCCUUUAGAAGACCUCCAUGUGCAGCUAGAAGAGGAUGAGCACGAAUCCUUCGUCCUGUCGACGAGUUCCAGCCAAGCAGGCGAAGCUGGAGACCAGGACUUCUACACCUCCGCUGCUGACGACAACAGGGAGACCUGGGGCUCCAACACGGACUUCCUGCUCUCCAUCAUCGGGUUCGCUGUCGAUCUGGCCAACGUGUGGAGUCGUAAAGUUUUGGAAAUGCAGUGGAGCGAUGGUCUACACGAUAUGGGCUAUCCAAAAUGGCAGCUAGUGGUGUGUCUCAUGAUUAUAUACUGUUUGUUGUACAUUUCCCUGUUCAAAGGAGUCAAAUCUUCAGGAAAAGUUGUUUGGGUCACAGCAACAAUGCCUUACGUUGUGCUGACUAUUUUAUUAAUAAGAGGGCUGAUGCUGCCUGGUGCAAUAUCUGGGAUAUCCUACUAUCUCCAACCUGAAUUGUCCAAGCUGAAAGAGACACAGGUAACUUCAAUGAAUAACAAAAAUACCCAGAAUUUACUGAUUGAAAUUUUCAGGGACUGCAUAAUAACCACCAUCAUCAACUGUUUCACAAGCUUCUUCUCUGGGUUUGUGAUAUUCACCUAUCUGGGAUAUAUGUCUUAUAAGCAGGGUGUUCACAUCAGUACGGUUGCAACUGAAGGACCUGGGUUGGUGUUUCAAGUGUAUCCAGAGGCAGUUGCUACGUUGCCAGGUUCCCAAUUAUGGUCCAUAUUGUUCUUUUUCAUGCUGAUAAUGUUAGGUGUAGACUCCGCUUGUGUGGUUAUGUUUGGACUAUUUCACCAUCAGUCACUCCAAUACAACGAAUACUUUUACCCCCCAUGGGCUGAGUGGGUUGGUUGGGGUCUGACAUUAUCGUCGAUCAUCAUGAUACCAUUGUUUGCAAUAAUACAAAUAAUCAAGACCAAAGGUACUUUCAAGGAGGUAAGAAGUCUUAUAGAUCUAACCCCUACUGACUUCAUUAAAAUACGUGAGAAGGAAGUCAAUUCGUUCACCAACCAUUCCUCGUAA